UUGCUUCGUCGUAGCCAAUUAGAUCCUUUAUCAUGCUUAGUAAGAUUAUAAAGUCCUACUGAGUUCAAACAUUGUCCCUAUUGAACUGCAACCUCUAGAGGACUGUGUAGUUGGUGCUUCCAAUGCUAGGACCUAACUGAGAUCUUUUCUGUCAAAAUUGUUGAAAAAAUGCCUCAUUUAACUGACUGUUCCUACUAUGAGGUUCAAACACACCUGGAAAACCCAGCAAAGUAUCAUCUGCAACAAGCACAAAGGCAACAAGUAAAACAGUACCUAACACUUGGGACCAAAUUUUCUGCGCAGACUCUAUCAUAUUCACGCUCACACAGUAUUCAGCCAGUAGGAAUUACACCACCUGUAAGGAAUGGAAAUAUGUCUCCUGUGGCUGAAAGUUGCACAGCAAAUGAUACUGUGUCAAAGCUAUUAACUUUGGAUUCCUGUCACGGAAACGAGAUGGAUGAUGUUAUUGAUGACAUAAUUAGUCUAGAAACAAGUUUCAAUGAUGAUGGCGUGACCUGCACCGAAUCUACAAUGCUAAUGCCAAAUAAUCAUUCCCUAUCUAAUAAUAUUUUGGAUGUUUACAAUACUGAUCAAGACAUUUCAGGAUCCAGUAUGGUGCUGUCCAAUACAUCUUGCACAGGCAGUAAUGGUGUAAAGAGAGAAGUACCAGAAACAGAUACAAGAACAAUGGCCAAAGAGAGGCAGAAAAAAGACAAUCAUAAUCUUAUUGAACGACGACGACGCUAUAACAUUAACUACAGGAUUAAAGAACUUGGAACAAUGAUCCCAAAGUCAAAUGAUCCUGAUAUGCGCUGGAACAAAGGAACUAUUUUAAAGGCUUCAGUGGAAUACAUCAAAUGGCUACAAAAAGAACAACAAAGAGGCAGAGAAUUAGAACACAGACAGAAAAAAUUAGAGCAGGCCAACAGGAGACUGCUGCUUCGUAUUCAGGAACUUGAAAUACAGGCCCGAGCACACGGCCUGCCAAUGCCAACAAUGUGCACCGUGGAAUUAGCCUCACAAGUUAUUAAACAGCAGGCAUAUGGAGAAAAUAUGCCAGAAGAUUAUGCUCACCAGUUUCCUCUGUCUGUUGGGAAAACAAAUGACCUGUGUGAUGGAUCAACGGGAUUUUCAGAUCCACUCUCACACUUUACAGAUUUAUCAUUUAGUGCUGCUUUAAAAGAACAGAUGCUAGAAGAGAUGUCUCCAUUUGGAACAGACCCCUUCCUGUCGGCGACAUCACCAGAUUUUUCCAAAGGAAGCAGCAGAAGGAGCAGUUUCAGCACAGAUGAUGACGAUGAUCUAUAAGUACAAUGACUGGUUUCUAAGAGACAUUAAUCUGUUGUGUUUUUUGCUUCCUCACUAAAAGACUAUGGACAGUUUUGACCAGUGAUUUUCGAACACGCGCUGAACCACUCCAGUUAAAGAAAGCAUCUGUUUUAUAAUAGCAGGUUUGAUAACAUAUAUCAUAUACCCAUUCCGUUAAAGGGACCCUAAGUGCUUUUAUCUAAUUAGUGAAUAGUGAUCACACUGUUUACCGGCCUCUAAAAUCACAUGGCAUGCUAAAAAAAUCUCAAUUACUCUUUGUAUAUUAUAAUAGACAUCUCUAUUUCACAUUUGUAUUAAAUGUGCUCCUAUUCCUGAAAUGUUUUAUUUUAAUUUUGGAUAGAAAGGGUAAAGGUUAGAAACCCAGGCAGAUUUUAUUGCCACCCAUGGCUCCAUUCGAGAUAUUUAUUCACACUUUCUGUUUUGUGAGGGAAAAAGUAAGGGGAAAUCAGGGAAACAAAAUAAUUAUA